CUAUCCCACCGGCCUUUGCGAAAGGGGCGGGAGUAGGCGAGGGGUUCUGGUCAGGAUGGAUACUUAGAACUUUUAAAAUUCCAGUUUGCCGCCCAGACCCGUGUAGCUGACGUUUACAUUGCUGAACGAAGUGAGCGGUCUUGGCUGUUGCUUCAGCAAACCCUCCUAUCAAGUGUCUCCCUUUUGGCUUGGUCAGCACAGCGGCAAGCCGACUGGACGUGGGGAGACUAACCUGAGGCUGAAGUAAUCUGGGGGAGAAAGAGGGGCACGCCAUGUUCCCCUUCUCGGGAUGGGGGCUGGGCUGCCUCCGGCUCUGUCUGCUCAGAGUGUGGGCCGGCGAGGCCACCGGGCGCUGGGCCUGUGGGACAUGUCAGUCCCGGCUGUACGGCUCAGGUGGGUCCCACCACGAGGUCUCUAGGUCUGACUCUGUGCGCGGGACUCUGAAGGAGUGGGCGCUGCUGGUGAGCCCUUUCGGCCGGCUGCGGGCGCGGCUCCCAUGCCACCUGACCGUGAGGCCCCUGGACCCCCUCACCUACCCAGACGGCGACCGCGUGCUGGUCACAGUGAGCGGAGUGGAGGGCGGGGCGCGGGCCCUGGCCGGCCUGCAGGUGAACUACGACGAGGCGCAGAAGGAGGUGACCAUCGUGGCUGAUGUCAUCGACCACCAGGCGUCCGUGGAAGUGAACGCGCCCCUGAAGUUUGAUUUGAAUAUCCAGUCAUCAGGGUCUGGCUGUGUAAAGGUCCAAAAUAUUGAGUGUGAUAAUUGCAAAAUUGAAACUGAGCAGGGGACUAGCAUCUUACAGUCUGUUAAGAGUCAAAAAUUACAUGUCCAAACAACAGGAGGCAAAGUGAUCUGCCUGGGAACGGUUUAUGGAAAUAUAGAUAUCCAUGCAUCAGAUAAAAGUACUGUGACUGUAGAUAAACUACAGGGAAGUUCUGUUAAUAUAUCUACUGAAGAUGGUUUGCUGAAAGUCAAGUAUCUUUAUACAGAAUCAUCGUUUCUGUCUUCUGCUGCUGGGGAUAUUACAUUAGGAAGUGUUCAUGGUAAUAUAACAUUACGAAGCAAGAUGGGUAACAUCACAGUAGAUUCAUCUUCUGGAUGUCUGAAUGCCUUGGCUCAGCAGGGUGCCAUAGAUGUUUAUGUCAGCCAACUGGGAAAAGUGGAAUUGAAAGUCCAUAAAGGCUCUAUUCUUGUCAAGGUUCCAUCUUCUCUUCAAGCUUAUUUACAGUUAUCAGGGAAAGAGAUUGAUGUGAACUCAGAUGUCCAUGUUGAAGAAAUGAAUGAAGCUCAUCAAGAUGAUGGUGUGAUAAUUACUGAUCUCCCUGUUUCCUGAGAGACAUUAUUGAAAUAGGGUAAUGAAAUAACCCUGCAAUGGCAUCUAAUAAGUGUUCAAGUGAAAGGAAGAGUUCAAGUGAAAGGAAGGAACUUCAAGUGAAAGGAAGAGUCCUAAGUGUUCAAGUGACAGGAAAAGUUGCAUAUCUCUCACUUUAAAUCAAAAGCUAGAAAUGAUUAAGCUUAAUGAGGAGCACAUGUUGAAGCCAAAAUAGGAUGUGAACUUGGCCUCUUGCACUAAACAGGUAAACAAGUUAUGAAUGUGAAGGAAAAGUUCUUGAAGGAAACUAAAAGUGGUACUUCAGUGAACACAUGAAUGAUUAGAAAGUGAAACAGCCUUAUUGUUGAUACAGUGAAAGUUGUAGUGGUUUGGAUAGAAGAACAAGCCACCCACAACAUUUCCUUAAGCCAAAAUCUAAUCCAGAGCAAAUCCGUAAUUCUCUCCAAUUCUACAAAGGCUAAGAAGGAUGAGGAAACUACGAAAGAAAACUUUGAAGUUAACAGAGUAUUGUUUAAGGAAAGAAGCCAUCGUAAAAGUGCAAGGUGAAAUAGCAAAUGCUAAUGUACAAACUGUAGCAAGUUAUCCAGAAGAUCUAGCUAAGGUAAUUAAUGAAUGUGACUACACUAAACAAUAGAUUUUCAAUGUAGAAGAAACAGCCUUACAUUGGAAGAAAAUUCCAUCUAGGACUUUCGUAGCUAGAGAAGUCAAUGUCUGGCUUCAAAGCUUCAGAAGACUUUAUUAGGGGCCAAUGCAGCUGGUGACUUAAAGUUGAAGCUAGUGUCCAUUUUCCAUACCAAAAAUCCUACACAGCUUCAGAAUUAUGCUUAAUCUACUCUGCAGGAAAGACUAGAGAUCUCUUCAAGAAAAUUAGAGAUACCAAGGAAACAUUUCAUGCAAAGAUGGGCACAAUACAGGGCGGAAACAAUAUGGACUUAACAGAAGCAGAAGAUAUUAAGAAGA